AUGAUGUCACAUCCUGCAGGGCACGCAGCCCCUGCUACUGCCUCGGUCACGUCCACGCGGCGGCUGCGACGCGUCGCCGACACCUCCCGGAAACGGUCCGUCCAGAGCUGUGACUUUUGUCGAAAGUGCGUCCCCCAACCCGCCGGCGAUGGCUGUCUCAUGUGCCACACCCAGGGCGUCGCCUGCUCCUACACCCUGCCGCGCAAGGCCCGCUUCUAUGGCUCCGUCGAAGACUUGAGCGACCGCUUUAAGUGUCUCGAAGCCAUUGUCCGCGGUGCCUUUCCCAGCGACCCUAUUGCCACAGUGCCGGAGCUGCUCCGGCUGGGCCACCGGCUGGGCGUCACGAUGCCGGACUUGGCCGACGACGCACGGGCAAAGCUGUCGCUGGACGACUUGGUCAACACCCCGUCCAAAUCGGUGACGUCGGACCAAACGACGGCAGUGGAGGGUGCUGUAGACGGUGGUGGAAGUGGUGGUGGUGGUGGUGACCGCAGGCCGUCCAUGACCAAUGCCCCGACACAGUCGGACGCGGGCCAUGUAAACGCACGGCCACUUGCCACGGAACCCGAGUCAGCGGACACCGUCAAUACAGACAACACGCACAACACAGGAAAUAGUGGCAACACAGACAACACACGUCAUACCACCACCACGGAUGGCACAGCGUCCUCGAACCCGCAGGAUGAGUCGAGCGAGGCAAUUGGUCUCGUUCGAGACACCACCGGCCAAGAGCAUUUCAUUGGAUCGUCGGGGAGUCUGCAAUUCUUGGGCCAGUUGCGCAGGCUGCUGUUGCUGUCGCAGCACGACAACAUGUCGAGAAACAGCAGCUACCACGGCAUUGGCUACCCCAGCAGCGGCUACAGCGCCCCUGGACGAGCGUCACAGCGCUUGUCUACCACGUUCACGGAAGAAGAUGCCGCCCAGGCGCUCGAGGCAGACAACUCGCACGACGGCAGUGAUGCGCCGCCGACACUGCAUCACCACACGCCGCUCAUGGACGACCGCCCAUCGCCCAUGUCCAGCAGCUCGGCGUUGGCGCGUGAAUGCGCCACGAUCCAGCCGGAAGACGUCAACGGCAUCAUGGCCCAACUUCCGCCUCGGCAUGUGCUGGACGGCUUGAUUCGUGUGUACUUCAAGAGCGUCCACCCCGACUUCCCGCUCUUCCACCGCGGCACCUUUGAGGAAGAGUACGAGCGGUACAUUCCCGAUUUUGAGUCGUUCUACCACCCGCGGCGUCGCACCGAUACACCAACGGCCGAACCGGGCUGGCUGGGUUGUCUGCACAUGAUCCUUGCGUUUGCGUCGCUCGUGACGCCGGCCGUCUCUUCGUCCGCAAGCCAACACCGUCCCCCGCCGUCCACCGCGACACCGUCGACGGCGGCCUCGUCGCGCCAGACGCACGACGACGUCGACCUUGCCGCCCUGCGCAAGCACUGCGUCUCUCUGACCCGCUUCCGUCUGCUGCCCCGUUUCAUCUCGCGAUGCACGCUCGCCAACAUCCGCGCCCUGCUGCUGCUGGCCCUGUACCUCCACAACCACAACGAGCGCAACGCGGCGUGGAACCUCGUCGGCACGGCCACCCGCGCCGCCUUUGCCAUGGGGCUGCACCGCUGCACCGUGGGCGCGGAGCACCUGCGGCCGGUCGAGCGCGAAGUGCGGCGGCGCGUGUUCUGCACGCUGUUUGGCCUGGAGCAGUUUCUGGCGUCGUCGCUCGGACGCCCCUCGGGCCUGUCGGGCCUGUCGGCGUUGUCGUCGGCCAACGACGCGAAUGAAGUGGAGGUUGUGCCGCCGCGGGCCGAGAUUUUGGACGGCGGCGGCAGUGCCGACGCCGACGACGACGACGGGGCCAUGGCGACUCUGCUGCUUCGCCUUCAGACGAUCCUCGCCGGUGCCCGUGUCUCGGCGGCCGUCAAGACGGUCGGUCUCGGGAGCCGCCGCCUGCGCCAAGAACAGAGCGCCCGCGAGAUCCUCCAGCGCCUCGACGAAUGGCGGACGGCGGUGGCCGGCUGUCGCUGCCUCGACAUUCCACAAAUCACCGAGACCACGGACAGCGGACGCGACGCUUUCGUGGCGGAGGCACCACCGUCGACGUCGACGCCCUCCAUGGACCUCGACAGCCUCAAGAACAUGCUCGCCUGGCAGAGCCGCCCGCGCUUGCGGGCGGCCCUCGUCUUGCAUAUGCAAUACCGCUAUGUGGCCGUGCUGUCGACGCGGUCGGCCCUGCUCUACUCGAUGGCGGCACGUGCAGCGCGGACAGCGCCCGUCGCACACGACGGCGGACCAGCGCCCUCGCCCUCGCCCGCGACCUCUGCGGCGCCGCCCACCCUGGCCGAUCUUUGCGUCCAGAACGCUGUGCAGCUCUGCCGCCUUGUUCUUCUUGCCGACUCGUUCGGGCUGAUCAAUGGCGUCUCGGCCAUGGACGUCUUCUAUGCCUACUGCGCGGCCAUGGUCUUGAUUCUGCGAUCGCUCAACGGCGGGAGCGAGCAAGACCAGGGCGCUGUGUCUGUGUCUGCUGCCGAUGCGGCAUAUUGUGCGGAGCUGCGGCGCCUGAUUGCCCGCACGCGGCAGGUGCUGAUGCGCGUCGACAAAUGCAGCACCAUGAAGCGCUUUUCGCGGGUCGUGGCGACCUUUGAAGAGGGUUCGCGGCGGGUGGGACGUGACGAUGUACACCAGAACAGCAACACAGCCAACACAGCCAACACAGCAGGCGACGGCACCGUGCCAGCGCAUCCAUCCAGCACGACGGCUCAUCCCCGCCACCCCCCGCCGUCUCCCUACGCGCCCCCAGCACCACGUCAGAGGCAGACGCCUGCCCAUGGUCCCGCUGCUGUGCACACGCCCUCGCAGGCUCCUCCCUCGGUCACGCGGCGGCUGGCGUCCAUGUCGUCGCAGUCGUCGGCGCUGCACGUCGACGAGAGCCAGCGCCUCCACAUGUCGCCGUCGCAAACGUCGCAAACGACACAAACGACGCUGCCGCCACAGAACCAGGCACACUUUGCCAGCGCGGGUGUUGGUGCCCUGUGCAGCAAUGGCUAUGACCAGUAUGGGCACGCCCAGUCGCAUCUUCACCCCCACAGCAGCUUCCCACCCUGGCCAGGCCAGCCCAUGGGCCCCCAGCCGGGUCUCACGUCCUUGUUUGAUGGCGAGCCCGAGGAGAACCAGUGGGUCAUGGACACGUUCUUGGGCAUGGGCAUGGGCAUGGGCAUGCAUCCGGGGAGCGGUGGGAGUGUCGAAGGAGACAUUGACGGCGUGUUUUCGGCAGGAAUGCUGGACUGGCCGGACAUGGAUGCGAUUAUGCGGAAUGGUUAG